AUGAGUUCCACUCAACAAGAAGAAGCAUUAGAUGCACCUGUAUGGGAUGAAAAUGCGCCAAGCCCUAGUGUAAUAAAUGAACUAAGCAACACAUUUGCAAAAUUGGAUCAGGAAGAAAGGUCAGAAAUAAAUGCAGAGGAACAAAUACACGAUGAACAGCAAGAAAAUGACGAUAAUUUUUAUGAUAAGGAUUUUGCAACUGAUAAAAAUACUUGGAACGCUAAGUAUGAUUCCAUUUUUAACACAGAAAGUGCUUUAAACCAAAAAGGGGUUUUAUUAGAAAAUGGGUCUGAUGAACGAGACCAAAACAUUUUACAAACUUCUAAAUUAACCACUGAAAACAAUAAGGAAUCUUUAUUGAAUUCAUUGGCUCCAGAAGAAGAUCCGUUGAAUUAUUUAUCAAAAAGAACCGUUGUUCCUACGGAUAAAGACAAUUUAUUUGAAAAUAAUGAUAAUAUAUUACCAGUAGAUCCAAUAACCACAUCGCACGAUUUGAAAUCUGCAGAAAGAAACUCAUCUUUACCACCUGUCUCUAAUAAUAAACCCAAAAAGCUAUUUAGUGGGAAACAACUUCGUCGUCGUCAUUCAUCGGCUAAAAAUGGGAAUGAAAAAAUGUUUAAAGUACCAAGUCAAAAUGUAUUUACAGAUCCCUUAGCUAAAUUAGCAUCAGAAAGUGAAUUUGUUGACGAACCACUAGAUGACGUGUAUAUCGGCAAAAGCUUGAAGCAAAAAAAAAGUAACGAUGCUUCUUCUAUAUUUGACCAAAUGCACGAGCCAUUGUUUUCUAAAACUAGGACGUCCAUAUCUUCAAUUACUUCCCCGCAGCAACAGCAAAGGGAGAGGGAAAAAGGCGAUGCUGAUAAUAAUGAGGAACAAGAAGAAGAAGAAGAGGAAGAGGAAGAAGAAAAGCAAAAAGGGGAAGAUGCAACAAGCCAAGGACAAGAACAAUCUGUCGUUGAAUCAGAACAGCCUAUUAAACAUUUUGAAAUUUCUGUAAAAAAUCCAACCAAAGUUGGAGAUAUAACCAAUUCACAUAUUGAAUACACAGUUGAAACCAAGUUACCCUCUUCUCCAAAUACAAUUGUUUCUGUUAAAAGAAGAUAUAAUGAUUUUAGGUGGUUGUAUAGACAAUUACAGAAUAACCAUUGGGGUCAUAUUAUCCCGCCACCACCUGAUAAACAAAUGAUUGUUCGUUUCAACAAUGAUUUUAUUGAAGGAAGGAGAUUACAAAUGAACAAAAUGUUGGACAAGAUUGCUAAUAAUUCACAGCUACAAAAAGACGAAGAUUUUUUCCAGUUUUUAACUUUUGUUGGGGAUAAAUUUUCUAAUUAUGCCAAAAAAAGAGACCAUAUAUCAUUUUCGCAUGCAAGCAAUGAUUCUAAUGAUUUAGCUGAAAUUAGCUUAAGUGAGUUGGUUUUGCUAGGGCCGGAGGACGGCGCCAAAUUUUAUAAAGAAAGUGGCGGUUCUGAAAUUGAAAGUUAUUUGAAAAAAAAGUGUAAAGGUGGUAGCUUUUUAGGGUUCUCCUCUGCACCUGUGCCAAAAUAUGUUGAAACGGAUGAAUUUUUUGCCCAAGAAACCGAGUCUUUAAAAAAUUUAGAAGAUCAAUUGAAAAAUAUUUACAAAAGUUUGGAAUUGGUUAAUGAACAAAGGAAGGACUUGGCUAACGUGACAGAAGAAUUUUCUAAAUCGAUGCAACAGUUGAUUGAAUUAAAUGUAACAAGCAAAUUAACAAAUGUUUUUAAAAAUUUUUCUGAUGUGCAACUACAAAUUAAGUCUUCCUUAUGUAGAAGUUCACAGAUGGAGGAGUUGAUUCUUGCAUCAACCUUAGAAGAAUACUUAAGGGUGGUUUAUAGUUGCAGGGCAAUUUUAAACCAAAGACAUAAAUUGGGUAGCAUUUUGGUUUUUUUCGAACAUUUGAUCAACGAGUCCAAAAAUUCAUUAUCUAGAUCUAAACCAGACAAAAUUGCCAAACAGCAAGAGGAAUUAUCUCUUUUGCAAAAAAGAUAUUCUCUAACCCAGGCCCAUUGGAAAUCUGUUGGAAAAUUAAUUAGAAAGGAAAUGUCAAAUUUUGACAAGUCAAGGAUUGAAGAAUUUAGAAACAGCAUUGAAAUUUAUUUGGAAUCCGCCAUUGAAACACAAAAAGAAGUUAUAGAAAUAUGGGAAACAUUCUACCAAAACUCUUUGUAA